AUGGACUUGGGAGAGCAAACAUCGUCAGCACCCGCACCACAGCCUCGCCUACAAUUCAUCUCCUCUCACCAGAUCCAAGGCUUUGCUUGUAGAGCUACAACCAAAGGGCCGCCCCCCACGAUUCCGAUUUCCCGCGCGCCCGCCCCAGGCCUGCAUACCAAUCGCAAUGCAGAUGACCUCCCCCUCGGCAACCACAUCCCGCAUGGGAGAGACUCAGAUGAGGGAUUCAAAAGAAGAGUUCAAGACGAGCCGAGAAAGGCAUGGAUGAAUCCCGGGCGCGGAGCAGGAGACCCCUGGUUCCCCGAAAGAAACCCCAUGCUCCCGUCCUUCAACCUCCCCUGCGGCAGAUCUUCAUCUCACCACCACCCAUCUCCCAAGUCGUAG